AAAGAAGAAGAAGGGGUUCGUUUUCGGCCAUUCGCACACCCUCCAAGUACAGCUAGCUGGUCUUUGCAGGUGGUGGAGGACAAGUACCAUUCGAAAUGUUAUCUGUGCGAGUUGCAGCGGCUCUGGCCAGGAGCCUGCCCAGACGUGCUGGAUUUGUGUCCAAAAAUGUUGCCGCCGCCUGCGUAGGAGUGAAUCACCUCCACACACAUAGACCAUGUCUUGCUGCGAAGACCGGCACAGCCGAGGUGUCCUCCAUCCUGGAGGAGAAGAUCCUGGGUGCUGACACUAGUGCUGAUCUGGAAGAGACUGGUCGUGUGCUGUCCAUUGGUGACGGUAUCGCCAGAGUGUAUGGUCUCAGGAAUGUUCAGGCUGAGGAGAUGGUGGAGUUCUCCUCUGGGCUCAAGGGUAUGUCUCUGAACUUGGAGCCUGACAAUGUUGGUGUUGUGGUGUUCGGUAAUGACAAGCUGAUCAAAGAGGGUGACAUUGUGAAGAGGACUGGUGCCAUCGUGGACGUGCCAGUGGGUGUGGAGCUGCUGGGUCGUGUGGUGGACGCUCUGGGCAAUGCCAUCGACGGAAAGGGUCCUCUUGGAUCGAGCAUCCGUAGGCGUGUGGGUCUGAAGGCCCCAGGCAUCAUCCCCCGUAUCUCUGUGAAGGAGCCCAUGCAGACGGGUAUCAAGGCCGUGGACAGCCUGGUGCCCAUUGGCCGUGGCCAGCGUGAGCUGAUCAUCGGUGACCGGCAGACUGGCAAAACUGCUAUUGCCAUUGACACCAUUAUCAACCAGAAGCGUUUCAACGAAGGCAAAGAUGAGAAGAAGAAGCUGUACUGUAUCUACGUUGCCAUUGGCCAGAAGAGAUCUACUGUGGCCCAGCUGGUGAAGAGGCUGACUGACGCUGAUGCUAUGAAAUACACCAUUGUGGUGUCUGCUACAGCCUCUGAUGCUGCUCCCCUGCAGUACCUGGCCCCAUACUCUGGCUGCUCCAUGGGAGAGUUCUUCAGAGACAACGGCAAGCACGGCCUCAUCAUCUAUGAUGAUUUGUCCAAGCAGGCUGUAGCCUACCGUCAGAUGUCCCUGCUGCUGCGUCGUCCCCCUGGUCGCGAGGCCUACCCCGGUGACGUGUUCUACCUACACUCCCGUCUGCUGGAAAGAGCUGCCAAGAUGCACGACAACUUCGGAGGCGGCUCCCUGACCGCUCUGCCUGUCAUUGAGACCCAGGCUGGAGACGUGUCUGCCUACAUCCCUACCAACGUCAUCUCUAUCACUGACGGACAGAUCUUCUUGGAGACUGAGUUGUUCUACAAAGGUAUCCGCCCAGCCAUCAACGUGGGUCUGUCUGUGUCCAGAGUCGGAUCGGCUGCCCAGACCAAGGCCAUGAAGCAGGUGGCUGGUACCAUGAAGCUGGAGUUGGCCCAGUACCGUGAGGUGGCUGCCUUUGCCCAGUUCGGCUCUGACCUGGACGCUGCCACCCAGCAGCUGCUCAACAGGGGUGUCCGCCUCACUGAGUUGCUCAAACAGGGACAGUACUGCCCCAUGGCCAUUGAGGAGCAGGUGACAGUCAUCUAUGCUGGUGUCAGAGGUCACUUGGACAAGAUGGACCCUUCCAAGAUCACCAGGUUUGAGAAGGCCUUCCUUGUACACGUCCUCAGCCAGCACCAGGACCUGCUCACCACCAUCAGGACCGAUGGUAUGAUCUCACCGACAGCUGACGCCAAACUGAAGGAGAUUGUGUUGACCUUCCUGUCCAGCUUUGAGUAAAGAGCGAAACUGCUCCUGAUCCUUCAGUGUGCUUACGGUCUGUCGCAUUGUCCUAAUAUUAUAUGUAUGUGAAACACUGAAGGCCAGAACCUCAAUGUACAGAUUUCUCCUAAGAAGAAAUAAAAUUGUACAACCCUAGAGAGCUGUGGUAAAAUUUGACUGUUCGUGGUAGACUGUGCCGGUCCAGCAGAUUAUCCAGUUGAAGGGAAUAAAAUGUCAUGUGAAAAAUAAUUCUUGCUCUGUUCUAAUGCAGUAACUGUUUCUCCCACUGUGGGUCUUUAUAUACUCAAACUACUCUAAAUUUCUUGUGACUUUGUUCAUGAAUUUCAUGAGUUAAAAUAAACACAUUUGGGUGGUCUCAA